AAGAAAUGACGGAACAAGAAAUUGUAAACAUAGUGUUGGGGCAACCUGAAGUUGAAGAUAAUGGGGAUAUUGAUAAGAUAAGUGAGCCAAUUGUAACAAAUACAGAAGCUAUAAAUGGUUUGGAAAAUGUAUACAACAAAAAGAUUUAG